GUGUAGGAAGAGAAGAACCUGCCUGCCUAUGGUCCCCUGCUGGCCUCUGUCCCCGCCUCCCAGCCUCGCACACCCGUAGGGGAAGCUGAGGCUCCCCUGCGGCUCCUGGCUCAGCCACACAUGCGGCUGCCUCUUCUCCAGCUGGGAUGUGGCUCUUACUCUCUCUGCUCUGCACAGCUGGCCUGGCUCCCCUGGCAGCCUUCAAUGUGGAUGUGUCCUGGGCCUGGCUCACACCCAAGGGAGCACCUUUUGUACUCAGCGUCCUUCUGCACCAAGACCCCAACACCAAGCAGACCUGGCUCCUGGUCACCAGCCCGAAAACCAACAGGACUUCAUGGCCCCUGCACCAGUGUUCGCUCAUUUACAAUGAAAUCCAGUGUCACCCAGUGGAGCACAUUUCCAUGCCCAAGGGGAGGCCCCAGCAAGUGACAGUGGUCCGGAACCACCAUGGCGUCUUGAUAUGCAUCCAAGUGCAGUCCAGAAAGUCUCAAAGCCUCAGCUCAGAGCUCACAGGCAAUUGCAGCUUGCUGACCCCUACCCUGCAUCCCCGGUCCCAGGCCUACUUCCAUAACCUUGAAAAUCACCUGGACCCAGAGGCGCAUGUGGACGAUGGAUAUUGCCAUCCAAAUGAAGAAGGCAGUGUAUGGAAGAAUGGGAGCCCAGCCAGGCAUCGCCGGGCACUGCGGCAGGCACAGGAGGAGGAGGAAGAAGAAGAGGAAGAAGCUGGCACCGAGAUCGCCAUCGUCCUGGAUGGUUCGGGAAGCAUUGACCCUCCAGACUUCCAGAGAGCCAAAGACUUCAUCUCCAACAUGAUGAGGAGCUUCUCUAAGUGUUUCGAGUGCAACUUCGCCCUGGUGCAGUAUGGGUUUGUCAUCCAGACCGAGUUUGACCUUCGGGACAGCCAGGAUAUAAUAGCCUCCCUUGCCAGGGUCCAGAACAUCACUCAAGUGAAGAAUGUCACCAAGACUGCCUCAGCCAUUCAGCAUGUCCUGGACAACAUCUUCACACCGAGCCAUGGCUCCAGAAAAAAGGCUUCCAAGGUCAUCGUAGUGCUCACUGAUGGGGAGACAUUCGAGGACCCCCUCAACCUCAACGAUGUCAUCAACUCGCCCCAGAUGCAGGGCAUCGAGCGCUUCGCCAUUGGGGUGGGAACUGCAUUUGACAAGGCCAAGACUGAACUGGAGCUGAAGCUGAUUGCCUCAGAGCCCGAUGAGACGCAUGCCUUCAAGGUAACCAACUACUCGGCCCUCGAUGGGCUGCUGAGCAGACUGCAACAGAGCAUCAUCCACACGGAAGGAGCAGCCGGAGAGGCCCUUCAUUUCCAGCUGGCACAGAUUGGCUUCAGCGCCCAGAUCCUGGAUGAGGAGCAGGUGCUGCUGGGCGCAGUUGGGGCCUUCAACUGGUCCGGGGGAGCUCUGAUCUACAAUAUGCGCAGCCGCCAGGGCCGCUUCCUGAACCAGACGACAGUGGACCCUGAGGAUGCUCAGUACAGCUACCUUGGUUACUCGAUGGCCGUGUUGCACAAGGCCUGUGGCCGUAUCUACUUGUCGGGUGCUCCGCGGCACAGGCAGCGUGGCGCAGUGUUUGAGCUCCGGAAGGACGCCUUCACGCAGGCCCUGAAAGGAGAGCAGAUGGGAUCCUAUUUCGGCUCAGAGCUGUGCCCAGUGGACAUCAACAUGGACGGGACCACAGACUUGCUGCUGGUGGCUGCUCCUUUUUACCACGUUCGUACAGAGGAAGGCAGAGUCUACGUGUACCGUCUGGGUGAGCAGGAUGGGUCCUUCUCCCUGACCCAUACGCUGAGCGGAUAUCCGGGGCCCACUGAUGCCCGCUUCGGCUUUGCUAUGGCAGCCGUGGGCGAUCUCAAUCAGGAUGAGCUCACAGACGUGGCCAUCGGGGCCCCCCUGGAGGGUAUUGGGACCGACAGGACAGCCAGCUUCGGCAGCGUGUACAUCUACAAUGGACAGUGGGACGGCCUCUCUGCCAGCCCCUCACAGUGUAUCAAGGCUUCCACAAUAGCCCAGCAACUUCAUUACUUCGGCAUGUCUGUGGCCGGUGGCUUAGAUUUCAAUAGUGACGGCCUUGUGGACGUCACUGUGGGCACGCUGGGCCAGGCGGUUGUCCUCCGCUCACGGCCCGUGACUCGUCUGAAUGCGUCUAUGACCUUCACCCCUAGCGCCCUGCCCAUCGGCUUCAAUGGGAGCGUGCGUGUGGAUUUGUGUUUUGAAAGCAGCGCCAAGCAGAGCCUUGGAGGGAUGACCUUGAACUUCCUACUGGAUGUGGACAUGCUGCAACCGAGGAAAAGGUUGCAGUGCUCAGGCAUGAGAGCCUGCUCGGGUAACAUAGAAUGGAAUGCAGGGUCCUCUCCCUGCAAGACCCUGAUGCUUGCCCCCGCUAACAAACAGCUCUGCGAGGAUGAUUGCUUUUCCAACAUCACCGUCAAUGUCAGCUACCACCUUCAGACUCACUGGAGACGGGGGAGCCAGCUCCACCCUAUCCUGGACCACUACACGGAGCCCUUCGCAAUCUUCCAGCUGCCCUACGAGAAGGACUGCAAGAACAAGCUGUUCUGUGUGGCCGAACUAGGGGUGGCCUCCACCAUCUCUGAGCAGGAGCUGGUGGUGGGUCUCACAAGGGAGUUGACCAUGAACAUUAGUCUCAGCAACACCGGGGAAGAUUCCUUCAUGACCAGCAUGACUUUGAGUUACCCCAGGAACUUACACUUUAAGAGGAUGCAAAAGCCGCCCUCUCCAGACAUCCAGUGCGAUGACCCUAAGCCGGUCGCUUCCGUCUUGAUCCUGAAGUGCAGGGUCGGUCACCCCAUACUCAGGAGGUCUUCUACAAACAUCUCAGUAACCUGGCAGCUCGAGGAGAACGCCUUUCCAAACAGGACAGCGGACAUCACUGUGACCCUGAGCAAUUCCAACGAACAAAGAUCUUCGGCCAGAUCUAGUCACACGCUCCAGUUCAAGCACGCCUUCGUAGCGGUUCUUCCCAAGCCAUCAGUGACGUACGUGAACACAAGCAGGGGGCUUUCCGAGCACAAGGACUUCCUCUUUAAUAUCCAUGGAGAAAAUCCCUUUGGAGCAGAGUACCAGUUGCAGAUUUGUGUCCCAGUCACAUUACAAGGUCUCCAGAUUGUAACACUGAAGACCCUGAACAAGACUCAGGUCAGUGCCUCCAAACUCAAACUCCAGCACGAUGAAGAGCUGGUCUUCCUCAAAGAAGUCAGGCCUGUCGUUGGCCGAGCCUUUCGUGGAGUGGUAGCGGUCCCAGGCUCUGAGCAGCAGGGCCGGGUAGGGGCCCUGCACGCAGUGCACCGAGUUGAGCCCGAUGAAGCCUUCGGUGCGGUUGCACGCCUCGGUGGACAGGAGGCUCAGUUCCUUAGAGAUGAUGAUUUCAGGCAGGAUUUCCUCAAAGGUUUUCUGGUGGGCCCCAUUGACCAAGUCGGGGCCUUCGAUGGCAACGAUCUUCAGGGCCACCGGCGUGUUGUGAUCCCCGAAAAUCUGAAAGACUUCCCCAAACACGCCUUCCCCGAUCUUCUCACAACGUUCCAGCUUGCCCGUGGGGAGGCAGUAGCUGAAGGGGAUGGGGCCUUCCUGGUUGCACUCCCAGUAGACCUUCUCGGCAUCGUGGGACUUUUUGUGCUGCACACGUCCGACGCGUCGGCCACGAUUUUCUUCUUGUGGAGGCCCAAGGAGGCCCUGAUUUUGGUCCAGGAGCAGGUGUUCCGUAGACGGGAUGCUGUCCCGUGGUCCCCACUGACCUCACGCUCAGAAUCCGCCGCGGGUCUCCCCGAGUCCGUGAGGCUCAACAGAGCUGACCUGAGGCUGGCCCGGGCUCGGAGGACCAUCCUGCUGAGCCGGCCUCCCGGCGCCGCCUCCUCCGGGGAGCUGGAGACUACGGCGGCGUCCCCGAAGAGGGAGGCGCUGGUGCCCAGCUCGUCGGCGUCCUGGCUGUCCAUGCUGACGUCGGGGCUGGGCAAGCCGGGGCGGCGGCCGGGGAACGCGGGCAGCCGGAGCUGGUCGCAGGGCGUGCUGCACUUCUGCGGGAGCCGAGCCCGCAGCCUCAGGCGUCUCGGGUCGGGGUCUGCGGGGUCAUCGGACGCAACCGACGACGACAGGCCGGUGCUGAGGCUCACUUCGCUGCUGCUGCUGCUGCUGAAGAAACGCUUCCAGUCCUCCGGCGGAAACCACGCCGCCGCCGCCCGGCCCGGGCUUCCCCCCCACUUCCCCACCCGAGGCUGUGCCUCGCCUCGCUCCGGGGACGCUUUCCCCGGGGUUGGAGCUUGGCUUGGGCUAAGGCAGACACAGCUUCUCUCGUGGGAGGGACGUUUGGAUGCCCCAGGUGUGAGCCAUUUCAGGCUGAGUAGAAAUGUUUGCUUCUCCAAGCACGUGCAAAAGUGGUAUUCCGUGAGCUGCGCCGUCUCCUCGGCCCGAGAAAAUGUGACCGUGGCUGCAGAGAUCGCCCUGGAGCCGGCGAAGCAGCUAGUAAGAGACAAAGAUAUCUCUGAACUGCAGCUGCUCGGGGCGAUAACCUUCAACAGAUCUCUCUACGAGGGGCUGAAUGCAGAGAACCACAGGACCCAGAUCACCGUCAUCUUCCUGCGGGAAGCGGCCCAGCCCUCCUUGGCGCUCAUCAUCGGGAGCAGCGUGGGCGGCCUGCUGCUCUUGCUGCUCAUCGUGGUUAUCCUCUUCAAGUGUGGCUUUUUCAAAAGGAAAUACCAGCAGCUGAACCUGGAGAGCAUGAGGAAGGUCCAGCUGAGGCCUGAGAGUCUGCUGCCCGAGGACGGUUAG